AUGACCCAGCCGGAAAUGCGAGUUCGGACAUACAAAGAUGCCAUUGCUGCUCUAAACAGCCUACAGUCGAAUUUCGCUUCGAUCGAGGCACUUAAACGCCAACCCAUCUCUCCUCUUGCUCGAAGUGAGCUUUCCCUAGCCGAAGUACACGAGUAUGUGCGUCGGAUGGGCUACCAGAGAAGCGAUUUCAACAAAAUGAACGUGAUACAUGUUGCUGGAACGAAAGGAAAAGGUUCCACAUGUGCCUUUGUCGAGUCCAUAAUGCAGCAGUAUCGUGAUCAGGGAAUCCGGAAAGUCGGCCUCUUCACGAGUCCUCACCUUAAGUCCGUGCGAGAGCGUAUUAGAAUCAAUGGCGCUCCAAUUGCCCCACAGAAGUUCACCCGCUAUUUUUUCGAAGUGUGGGACAAGCUUUCGGCCACUACUUCCGAUGCAGAAGCUUUUCCGACGUUGCAGCCCUGCCACGAGGUAAAACCCAUGUACUUCAAGUACUUGACUCUUUUGUCUUUGCACGUUUUCAUGUCGGAGGGAGUGGAUACAGCGAUAUACGAAGUUGGUGUAGGCGGCCGCUUUGAUCUGACCAAUGUGGUGGAUCGUCCUACGGUGGCAGGCAUCACUGCUUUGGGCAUUGAUCACACUUUCAUGUUGGGCUCCACCAUUGAAGAAAUUGCAUGGAACAAGGCAGGUAUUCUCAAACAGGGUUGUCCUGCUGUAGCUGCUCGUCAGACUGAAUAUCCUCAGGCGGAGUCUGUCAUUGAGCAAGAGGCUGAGAAGGCCCAAGUAUCUUCCUUGGAGUUUGUUGGGUCUGAAGUGGUUCCUGAAGAUGUUCCGUUGGGCUUAGCUGGAACGUUCCAGCGCCAAAAUGCUGCUGUGGCCGUGAAAUUGGCCGAGCACCACUUGAAGCAUCUUGGCAUCUCUGUUGACCUCGCCGACGGUCUUCCUGACGAGUUUAUGGCCGGACUCAAACAUGUCCGUUGGGACGGCCGGUGUCAGACACUCGAGAAAGAAGGGUACGAGAAUAUCACUUGGUAUAUUGACGGUGCCCACACCCUCGAGUCUGUACGUGUUGCAGCAGAGUGGUACUCUUCAGCGGUGUCUAAAAGAAACACGACCAAGAUCUUGCUUUUCAACCAGCAGAGCCGGGAGAACGCCACAGAGCUUCUCGCAGAGCUCUAUGAGAGAACGCCUCAUUUUGACCACGCCAUCUUCACCACCAACGUCACCUGGGCGGAUGGAACGUAUAACAGCGACCUUGUGUCGAUGAACUACUCCAAAGAAACUGUGGAUAGAUUGGUGGUACAGAAGGAUUUGGCGGAGGCUUGGAGUACACUUGAUCAAAAGCACAACGCCAACUCGCGGAAGCACGUUUUCCCCGAUAUCGAAACGGGGCUUAGGUUUAUCAAAAGUUUGGCACUGGAGCGCCUGGUUGAGGUUUUUGUGUGCGGACUGUUGCAUUUGGUUGGCGGGGUGUUGGCGGUCUUGGAUGGCGAAAAGGAUUAA